GAUAAAGUGAAGCGUCUUCGUGGCAAACAAGCCAUCCUUUGCAGGAAUGAGCCCGACUUCAUCCGUAAGAUCAUAUCGGGCGCCAAACUUGGCAUAAAUGAGUGUCAGAAUCAGUUCAGAGAUCGCAAGUGGAACUGUACCACUGCCUCACCCGCUAUCCGCAAAAUAUUGCUAAGAGACUCGCGAGAAACAGCAUUCGUUCACGCAAUCACUUCGGCAGCCAUUCUCUAUGAAAUCACUAAAGGAUCAAUAUUGUGCUCGAAAAGUGAUUUCGAUUGGAGGGGAUGUACAGAGAAUAUCAACUUUGGCUACAAAAAGGCCAAAGAAUUCAUGAACGGAGGCUUCCGAAGAAGGAAUGACAUCAAGAAAUUAGUUCUUCUCCACAACUAUGAAGCCGGAAGACUAGCCGUGAAGAAUAAUAUGCGAAAUGAGUGCAAAUGUCACGGAAUGAGUGGUUCGUGUAGUUUCAAGACUUGUUGGAGAAAAUUACCACUUUUUAGAGACGUCGGGAAUCGACUCAAAGAGAAAUUCGACGGCGCUAUCAAAGUGAUGGCCGGCAACGAUGGCAAGGGAUUCAUAACAGAGGGGACCACUAUUAAGCCGCCCGAGAAGGAGGACAUCGUCUACUCGGAGGAAACUGCAGACUUUUGCUCGCCCAAUCCACUGACCGGUUCAUUGGGAACGAAGGGACGCGUCUGUAAUAAGAGUAUCGGAACGGAUGGCUGUGAUCUGCUUUGCUGUGGUCGCGGAUAUAAGACUAUCAUCAAAGCCGAAGAAGUGAACUGUCGGUGCAAAUUC